AGGCAUUUUGUGAAAAUUGUCCAAUCCGGUUUGAAGAGACAGAGAUUUUCGACGAAUAGAAAGCGUUAGCCGUGUGGUGGACUGUUGAUACAUCCAAUGGUCUGAGUGGUAGUAAUAUACUGUCCGUCGUGCGGUGGUGGACACACACUGGAUGGGACAGGACAGCGCUACAUGGGGGACGCAGGCGACAGCGGCUGGUACCUCCGCUCCUACAGCCCGGAGAGAGCAAUUCACACUCUGGAGAAAUCUCUAGAGCUUUACGACGCACCGCUAUUGGGACCUGAGUUGAUGAAAUAACCCAGCCGAGCAUGAACACAUCGCAUUUGAGUGUCUCCUCCUCUGAGCAUGGACUGACCAAAUCCCUCUCUGGAUGAUUUGAUGGGGCUGCUCAGAGUCAUGAUGCCGCCCAAGUUGCAGCUUCUGGCGCUGCUGGCGUUCGCAGUGGCCAUGUUCUUCCUGGAGAACCAGAUCCAGAAGCUGGAGGAGUCCCGCGGGAAGCUCGAACGAGCCAUCGCUAGACACGAGGUACGAGAGAUUGAGCAGCGACACACGCAAGACGGCUUGAGGGAACGGGAUUCAUUGGCCUCGUCGCCAUCAGAGGGCGAAGACGACCUUGUCAUCAUCUACAACCGCGUGCCCAAGACGGCCAGCACCUCCUUCACCAACAUCGCCUACGACCUGUGCGGGAAGAACCACUACCAUGUCCUGCACAUCAACACCACCAAGAACAACCCGGUCAUGUCCAUACAGGACCAGGUGCGGUUUGUUAAGAAUGUGACUGAGUGGAGGGAAAUGAAGCCGGCUUUCUACCACGGACAUGUCUCCUUCCUGGACUUCACCAAGUUUGGAGUGAAGAGGAAGCCCAUCUACAUAAAUGUGAUCCGUGACCCCAUUGAAAGGCUGGUGUCAUACUAUUACUUUCUGCGUUUCGGGGAUGACUACCGGCCGGGCUUAAGACGCAGGAAACAAGGAGACAAGAAGACGUUCGAUGAAUGUGUAUCAGCCGGCGGCUCAGACUGUGCCCCUGAGAAGCUCUGGCUCCAGAUUCCUUUUUUCUGUGGACACUACUCUGAAUGCUGGAACGUGGGCAGCCAGUGGGCUCUGGAGCAGGCCAAAUACAACCUGGUGAAUGAAUACAUGCUGGUCGGAGUAACAGAGGAGCUGGAGGACUUUGUCAUGAUGCUGGAGGCGGCGCUGCCACGCUUCUUCAAAGGAGCCACUGAGCUGUACAAAACAGGGAAGAAAUCCCACCUGAGGAAGACCAGUGAGAAGAAGCCGCCCACCAAGGAGUCGAUCGCCAAGCUGCAGCAGUCGGCCAUCUGGAAGAUGGAGAACGAGUUCUACGAGUUUGCACUGGAGCAGUUCCAGUUUGUCAGGGCGCAUGCUGUCAGAGAAAAGGACGGGGAGCUCUACCUGUUGGCACAAAACUUCUUCUAUGAGAAAAUCUACCCCAAAAACUAAAGAGGCACGUCUGUGAAAGGGAUUGGAGAGAAUGCUUUGUGCAGGCUCGUGUGUGCCCAGUCUGAGAUGAGGAAGAGAGGAGGACUUAAAGACGACAGGUGACUGUGUGGCUGCUUGGUACGUGUGAUUAAGAACAUGACGUGGAGCUGCAGAACAAUCUGGUGGCAGCUCUGUUAUACACGUCUGUGCCAGCCAACUGGACAGGGAGCUCAUGUUUCGUCAGCAGGUUGUGUUCCCAGCAGCGCCCGGGCCUCCACUCCCCUUCACUUCCAUGUCAAAUGUCGUCUGCGCAGAGGACUUCUGCUGGCACAUGUUACACAUGGCGGAGAUGGCCUGUCCAACAGCCGGUCAGACCUCAACUCCCGAUCCAGACAAAAGAUUUCAUCGGCUCUGUACUGUUUGGUUGUGUUUGAUUGUAUUUUAACUCUUUACUAUGGUUGUCUUUUGUAUGUAAAGACGGUGGCAUUUUCCAUGGUGACACGACAUCCCCAUGCCUCACCACUACUACUAACUUAAAGAGAUUUUAAGUGUACGAAACUGACUACUGUGCUGUAUUAUUGGACUCCAAUGAGAACUUUUUUUGGUUGGUUUUGGUUUUUAUGAAAUAAAAAUCCUGUGACCAUGGA